GACGAGCUCCGCUGGGUUACCGGGGGUAGGUGAAAAAGGUGAAGAAGCGAGACGGCAAAAACGAACAGCGAAAUACGAGACGGUGUCCGAAACAGAGUGUGGCGAGAAAUCUUUCACUUUGCCCCGUUGCAGUCCAAUCAUGGCGGCUUUCGUAGGACGAAUUUGUGGAUCCGGAUUGUUGAGCCCGAAAAGCGGCGCUACCUUGCAGAAGGUACAAAAUUUUUCCACGACCCGCGGCGCCUGGACCAAAAACCAGAAGGUUGCUACUGCGGCCGGUAUAUUGGUAGGCGGUGCGGGAGCUCUGCUCUACGCCCUCGAACAAUCGGUGGCUGCAUCCGGUACGGAAGUGCACCCGCCGGCACUACCAUGGAACCAUAAAGGUGUGCUCGAUUCGCUCGACCAUGCGUCCGUCCGCCGUGGGUAUGAAGUGUACAAGCAGGUAUGUGCCGCUUGCCACUCGAUGCGCUUCAUCGCCUACCGCAAUCUUGUCGGUGUGUCGCAUACCGAGGCGGAAGCAAAGGCCGAGGCGGAAGAGAUUCAGGUGCGCGACGGUCCGGAUGAGGCCGGCAACUACUUCAUGCGGCCCGGUAAGCUGUCCGACUACUUCCCGAGCCCAUACCCCAACGAGGAAGCGGCCCGUGCCGCCAACAACGGUGCCUAUCCGCCGGAUCUAAGCUACAUUGCGCUGGCACGCCACGGUGGUGAGGACUAUCUGUUCGCGCUGCUCACCGGCUACUGUGAUGCGCCGGCCGGUGUGGUGCUACGCGAGGGUCAGUAUUACAAUCCAUACUUCCCCGGUGGUGCCAUCUCGAUGGCGCAAGCACUUUACAAUGAGGCCGCUGAAUAUUCCGACGGUACGCCACCGACGGCUAGCCAGCUGGCCAAGGAUGUGUCCACGUUCUUGGUGUGGGCCGCCGAACCUUAUCACGACGAGCGCAAACGCAUGGGCAUCAAAUCGGUCGGCAUUAUCAUGAUCCUCGGUGCACUGUCCUACUACAUCAAGCGACACAAGUGGGCCGCGCUCAAGACGCGAAAGAUUUCCUUCCACCCAAAGAGCAAGUAAGCGCUGUGCUUGCAACCAACCAGCCGCAACAACAGCAACAGCAGCAGCAGUGUAGGUGAGAUGUGAGAUGUGGAGGAAACUGGCCAUCAACCGCCGAACCGGGAAUUGAGACCAC